UUUGAAUUAAAACAAUAGAUUAUUAUAAUUAAUAUACCAUGACAAAAUUCCAACUAAUACAAUUACUAAGCAUUUAAAAAUAAAAUAUAAAAAAAAAAAAAAAAAAAAAACCGCUAUACUGAAUCCCAUUCCCCUUCCCCUUCUCAAUUCUGCAUCCAAAACCGCAGCUUCCUUCUUCCAUUACACACGCCUCCCUCGUGCCACUCCCAAUUCUCUCCUCCUUGUUUGCAUUCGCCACGUCUAGACUGUAACUCUAACUAAUUCACCUCUCUCUCUCAUAUAUAUAUAUAUAUAUAUAUAUAUGCUUUGCAGAAACCCUAACUAGACUGCUUAUUGAAUAUAUCCAUCGAUGGACGACGGGGAAGGAGGUCUAAGCUUCGACUUUGAGGGCGGCCUCGAUACGGGUCCCAGCAACCCCACUGCAUCCGUACCGGCAAUACAAUCCGAUGCAGCAGUCACGGUGGCGGCUAACAGCUCUGUCGUGACCACCUCCGCUGACCCGGUGGCGGGCAACCUACCGGGGCGGCGGAGUUUCCGUCAGACCGUGUGCCGGCAUUGGCUGCGAAGCCUUUGUAUGAAGGGUGACGCUUGCGGGUUUCUCCACCAGUAUGACAAGUCUAGAAUGCCGGUGUGCCGGUUCUUUCGAUUGUACGGCGAGUGUCGGGAGCAAGAUUGUGUGUAUAAGCACACUAACGAAGAUAUCAAGGAGUGCAACAUGUACAAGUUGGGGUUUUGUCCAAAUGGUCCCGAUUGCCGGUAUAGGCAUGCAAAGCUGCCUGGUCCUCCACCUCCUGUCGAAGAAGUGCUCCAGAAGAUCCAGCAUCUGGCUUACAAUUAUGGCAACUCAAAUAGGUUCUUCCAAAACCGGAAUGCUAACUAUUCUCAGCAAACAGAAAGAACUCAGUUUCCACAGGGCUCCAAUGCUUAUAGUCAAAGUGCACCUGCAAAACCUUCAACAACAGAGUCCCCUAAUAUGCAGCAACAACAAGUUCAACAGUCCCAACAGCAAGUCAACCAGGCCCAAAUACAGAAUCUUCCCAAUGACCAGCAAAAUCAAGUGAAUAAAAUUUCUACACCCCUGCCUCAAGGAAUAUCUAGGUAUUUUAUUGUCAAAAGUUGCAACCGUGAGAACCUGGAAUUAUCAGUACAACAAGGAGUAUGGGCAACCCAAAGAAGCAACGAGGCCAAAUUAAAUGAAGCUUUUGACACUGUUGAAAAUGUUAUUUUGAUCUUUUCAGUCAACCGGACUCGACAUUUUCAGGGUUGUGCAAAGAUGACAUGUAAAAUUGGUGGCUCUGUUGGUGGAGGGAACUGGAAGUAUGCACAUGGAACUGCUCAUUAUGGGCGAAAUUUCUCUGUCAAAUGGUUAAAGCUGUGUGAACUUUCCUUUCACAAAACUCGCCAUUUGAGGAACCCUUACAAUGAGAACUUACCAGUGAAGAUAAGCAGAGACUGCCAGGAACUUGAGCCCUCUAUUGGUGAGCAGUUGGCUUCCCUUCUCUAUCUUGAGCCAGAUAGUGAACUGAUGGCAAUCUCAGUUGCAGCAGAAUCAAAGAGAGAGGAGGAAAAAGCAAAGGGAGUCAAUCCGGACAAUGGGACUGAGAACCCGGACAUUGUCCCGUUUGAGGACAAUGAAGAGGAGGAAGAGGAAGAAAGCGAGGAAGAGGACGAGAGCUUUGGCCAGGGAUUUGGGGCAACAGCUCAAGGCAGAGGAAGGGGCAGAGGCAUGAUAUGGCCUCCUCAUAUGCCUUUAGCACGUGGGGCCAGGCCUCUGCCUGGUAUGCGGGGCUUCCCACCUGUCAUGAUGGGUCCUGAUGGAUUUUCUUAUGGAGCUGUCACACCUGAUGGGUUUCCCAUGCCUGAUCUUUUUGGUAUGGGUCCCCGUGCUUUUGGACCAUAUGGUCCAAGAUUCCCUGGUGACUUUACAGGUGCUGCAUCUGGCAUGAUGUUUCAUGGCCGACCUUCCCAGCCUGGAAAUUUUCAAGCUGGUGGAUUUGGGAUGAUGAUGGGUCAAGGACGAGGCCCUUUCAUGGGUGGAAUGGGUAUUGGGGCUGCAGGCCCAGCUAGAGCUGGUCGGCCAGUUGGUAUGCCACCAUUGUUUCCACCACCACCAUCACAGCCCUCUCAGAACUCAAACAGGAUGGUUAAGAGGGAUCAAAGAGCACCAGUGAAUGAUCGGAAUGACAGAUACAGUGCAGGGUCAGAUCAGGGCAAGGGUCAAGAUAUGGCAGGUUCAGGUGGUGGUGGGGUUGAUGAAGACACACAAUAUCACCAAGGAGUAAAGAUUGACCAAGAGGAUCAAUUUGGCUCUGGAAACAACUUCAGAAAUGAUGAAAGUGAAAGCGAGGAUGAGGCACCAAGAAGGUCAAGACAUGGGGAGGGAAAGAAGAAGAGACGAAGCUCGGAGGCAGAUGCCACCACCAGCUCUAAUCAGCAGAUCCAGUGAUGCAUUGACAAGGGAGGCCAUCUUUUGCGUCCACACCCACUCAUAACCGUAUCUCAUUUUGUAAAACUCAUUUCACCAUCUAUUCUUCAGUUGCGGGUUGUAUUGUUGUGAAAUUCAAAAAGCUGGGCAGCUAAAGAUAAUUUGAGUUAACAUUCUGGGGUUUUUAUUUUCUGUACACUUUUAUGUUUUUUGGUCAAGAUUUUUGAAUAUCUUGCCUAGUGUAUAUUAUAGUUUAACUAUAAAUAUAACCAGAAUCAUCGAAGCUAUGGAUGGAAUACGAUUAAUUUA